UUACAUAAUUGAUCAACAAUGGCAACCGAAAGUGGGGUUGUGUUUGAGGAUUUCUUUCCUACAAUGAUGGAGAAGUUAGGGGCAGAUGGGUUUAUGAAGGAGUUGUGCAAUGGGUUUCGUCUGUUGAUGGAUGAAGAGAAGGGAAUGAUAACGUUUGAGAGCUUGAAGAGGAAGUCAGGGUGGUUGGGUUUGAAGGACAUGAGUGAUGAGGAGGUAAUGUGUAUGAUUAGAGAAGGUGAUUUGGAUGGCGAUGGAAGUUUGGAUGAGAUGGAGUUUUGUACUCUUAUGUUUAGGUUGAGUCCUGCCUUGAUGAGAGACUCAGAUCAAUUGUUGGCUGAGGCCAUUGAUUUUCAAUUUUGAUGAAAUGUAGGUUAUGUUAUGAUCUAUAUAUGUUCUUGUUCCUCUCUAUUGAUUUGAUUUCAAUGUAAUUCAAUUUCUAUC